AUGAUCUGUUUCCUCCUCUCUGACUUCAACCCCAUUCAGCUUUUUGGGAAGACAAGAGAGGUGACAGCCAAAUCCCACACACCAACGCACAGAAGACUUUCCCUGGGCAGGGCAACUGCCAACGACACUGGUAUCAGCCACUCACUCUUCAUUCUGCUAGGUAUCCCUGGCUUGGAAGACCAGCACCCAGUGGCCUCUCUCCUCUUCUUUAUUUCCUACCUUGUUGCUCUCCUUGGGAAUAGCCUCCUCAUCUUUAUCAUCAUCACUGAACGCAGCCUCCAUGAACCCAUGUACCUGUUCCUCUGCAUGCUGGCUGUGACUGACCUCAUCCUGUCUACUACCACUGUGCCCAAGGCCCUAGCUAUAUUCUGGUUCCAUGCUGGGGCGAUGUCCCUUGAUGGCUGUGUCACCCAAAUCUUCGUCAUCCAUGCUACCUUCAUCACUGAAUCAGGAAUUGUGUUGGCGAUGGCAUUUGACCGGUAUGUGGCCAUCUGUGACCCACUGCACUAUACUGCAGUGCUCAGUCAUGCAGUAAUCAUAAAGAUUGGCUUGGCUGUGGGCCUGAGAAGCUUCUGUGUGAUACUUCCAGAUGUGUUUCUGGUAAAGCGCCUGCCUUUCUGUUGUAGCAAUCUGCUGCCACAUACCUACUGUGAGCACAUAGCUGUUGCCAAGUUUGCUUGUGCUGAUAUUCAUGUCAGUGUUUGGUAUGGCUUGUCUGUCCUUCUCUCUACUGUAGUGCUAAAUGCCUUGCUC